UUUCUGAACUUGUCACAUCUCUGCAGCAUCCAAUGAUGUGAACAAGGUGAUAGAGAUCAACCCGUACCUGCUGGGCACCAUGUCAGGCAGCGCUGCAGACUGUCAGUACUGGGAGAGACUACUGGCCAAAGAGUGCAGACUUUACAGGCUGAGGAACAACCACCGGAUCUCUGUGGCUGCUGCCUCUAAGCUGUUAUCUAACAUGAUGCUGGGCUACAGAGGAAUGGGCCUCUCCAUGGGGAGCAUGAUCUGUGGAUGGGACAAAGAGGGUCCUGGUCUGUACUAUGUGGACGAUAAUGGGACGCGUCUGUCUGGCCGGAUGUUUUCUACUGGCUGUGGAAACAGCUACGCCUAUGGUGUGGUGGACAGUGGCUACAAGGAAAACAUGACAGUGGAGGAGGCGUAUGAGCUCGGCCGUAGGGGCAUCGCUCACGCUACACACAGAGAUGCCUACUCUGGUGGAGUCGUAAACAUGUACCACAUGCAGGAGGACGGCUGGAUAAAGGUGUGUAAGGAGGACGUGUCUGAGCUGAUCCACAAGUACAGGAAGGGCAUGUUCUGAAUUUUAACCCUAAACCUAGGUUGACAACAGCAUUCUGAAUGCAGUCCACUGAUGUGUGUCCGAAAUGAUUAUUGAUCAUUGUUCUUUAUUAAAGUUGUCUAACAUUUUGUACUGUUGGUCUACAUCUUUACGUAGUUCAGUGUAAUUUUUGUGGUGACUAUAUAGACUAUUAAAGUCACCUUACAUAAACAACACCAGCUCCAAAUGAAUUGUAUUCUUCAGCUGACAGCUCUGUCCUGUAAUAAUAAACCUGGAUGAAUUUGUUGGUUUAUAACAUGAAGUGUCAAGUAAAAAUGUCACUACAGAAAUUAGUAUCAGGAUCUGAAUAUGAUUUCUUGUUUAAAAUAAAGAACCCAUGAAAAUGUCGAGGUAA